ACAUCCCAAUCUGGCUUCCCAUCAUCUCGUUCGCCCUGUCUUCGUCCAAACAGCAACAACAACAAUAACAACAAAAAGUAAAAGCAGGGCUAUCCUUCGCCCACUUCAUCCUUUUCGCUCUUAAAGCCAGCAAAGUAGCUCGACAAACGCCAAGAAAUAGUACAUUCCAAACGUCUCCUGCCCCGGACCCCCGGUCCCGUCUCGCAGGCCCUGCCCAUCAAGGUCACCAUCGCUGCCCCGCCGAUCCGAUAUCAUUAAGUCAGAGUAGCCUACGCAAACCUCAACUUACCAACUCUCUCCUACUCGCUUCGGCAAUCCGAUCGCCAUACAAUUCGCCGCCCCUCUCUGACCCAACUUACAGCUUUACAUAAACCGAUAGGGCUUUUUGCAAUCAGGAUUCUUUUCUCUUCUUGACCGACGCAAGCUGCUUCCCUCCCCUCCACCCCUGUGGCCAAAGUAUCUCUCGAUCAGUGGCAGCCCAGCUACGUCUCAACCACCUGCGGCACGCUCCGACCAGGGGCGCGAAACGCUGGGACUGUUGGCGGCACAUAGUGAACGAGCGCAAGAGCCGACUACAAUUCGCACGACGGUGAUACGGCUAGCGGCGCAAAAGAGGAACAUCGGACACCAUGGAUGACUACCAGGAGAAAAUCCAAAUGGUGCGCGCCAUCACCAAUUACAGCGAUGAGCCGACCAUUGCAGCUGCUCUGCGAGCCAAAAGUGGUGACUUGGAAGCGGUCAUCAACAUGAUCCUAGACGACUUGGAUAAGUUUCAAAAGACCUACGCCUGGGAUGAGAGUGUGUUUAAUGCGAAUCGUGAAGGUGAUGGAGUUACAGCUGUUUAUGGGCCCAAUCAGUCUUUCCAUAUUCAGCCUCCAGACAAUAACAACAACAACAACAACAACAACAAUAACAACCCCGUUCUCUACGGAUACGACCCGGGAUAUGAUCCCACUGCUCCAUCUCGGCCCCCUUCGAGGGUUGACAAUCGGUCUCCGAUCGGACGCGCUGUGGAAAUGACUACCGGCACAUAUCCCUCCGGUGCCCCGACGAACCAACAGGAAGAGGACGCACAGCUACAACAAGCCCUUGCGGCUUCGAUGAAUCCUUCGGGCAUGCACACCCCUCAGCCGAGUACCAACGGACAUUCAUUGCCGCCGCAGUUGCCCCCUCCACCCCCACCCCAAGAAUCGGGCGUCACUAGCAAUGGCGCAUAUUUUGGUCCAGCGAAUAGGACGGACUAUGAUCCGAAUCAAUGGGCCAUGGUUCCUCUCAGGCUUCGCCAAACGGAUCCAAGACCAGUCAGCAGAGCAAGGGCUCCCGGGAGCCCGGCUUUUUUGAGGAACCGUUCCGAAAAUUCGACUAACCGACACCGCAUCGGUGGAAUUUUAACGAUAUUACACUCCAUCCCCGCCGCACGGAACGCGCUGCUCCAGAUAGGCGCUGCGCCGGAAUACGGCUAUGGAAGCAACAGUGAAUGGUGGAAGGGACAGAAGAUUCUCCCCCCGGAGCUGCAGGCACGUAGUGAACAAAUUGACUCGGGACGGGAUCAGUUGGUCCCCCCGUGGUCGGACGAGCUUCAUCGCUUGAUAGCAUUCCUGGAUUCAACGGAAAGGGCCUACGGAACGGCAGACAUCUUGGCGAACUGCAAAGCUCCCGGGGUCGAAGAGCGCUGGGAUAGCGAGAAGGAAUUCUUCGACAGCCACUUGCAGAUGCUGAAAGCUAGAAAUGAUGGCAGGUGGGACGAUCUCACCAUGUGUUAUAAAAAGUCCCUAUAUGGCACAGCAGAAGGCUCCUCGGAAGAACAUGUCAACCUUCUGGACUGCGAAGGUGUCGAUCUUACCACAGGCAACCUCUACGGCUGUCUUGAUAAGGUAUUUUGGAUGGACCGGAACACUUCAAUAGAGUCACUGGAUGGCGCCCCUUACAGCACCAUAAGUAAGCUUCCUGAGGUACUCACGAUUGGGCUUAAAGCAUCACAGGGACUCCCGGCAGCUCUUGACAUACCCGAGACGAUAUACCUUGACCGAUACUUGGCAUCCAAUGAAGAGAAAAUCAAGGAACUACAAGCAGAUCUAUCAAAACUUGUGUACGCAUAUCGCAAAUGUGUGGAGGAGGAGGAAAGGUUGACAACAUGGAGCAAUAACCAAACGGGCAACAAACCUGUGGAUCGUCGGACUUUGAUCGCAGACAGUAUUGAACGCUGCAAAGACCAUAUCCAACAAGUCAAAAAUCGGGCAUCCUGGAGGAACUUCCAAGAGUCAAGUUCCAAUGUUGGCGACAAUGGGAAUGGUUACCAGCUUUAUCUAGCGGGCGCUGAUAAGGAGGCUCCGGUCUCACCGGAGGAGGCGAACGUCAUCGCUUAUUACGAGCGCAAGAUCAAAUUUUUGACAGAACAGGCAGCCAGAAUUGAACAGAUCAUGCAAGGCACUAUUGCGCCACAAAAACGACGCAUUUUGGACGCUUUGGACCAACAUAGCAAGGUUCUUACUGUUCCUGCCCCGGACAAUUCAUGGGUUCCCACGGCCAAAUACACUCUUCGUGGCAUGACAAGCGAGCCGAACACAGUGUUCUUGCGGAAACAAGAAGUAGAGCUUAUUGACCUCGACAAUGGUGAGGUUCCUGCGGAACAGUGGUAUAAGAUUUGGAGCUAUUCCGAGAACAAUUAUGCCGUGCAGAUCGAAAAAACAACCUACGAGACUGCUAUCUCGCAGGCUUGCGCGGUCGGCACUGAACCUCUUCUGAUUUACGCUUCGGAAAAGGCAAUGAAAACUGAACCAAUCCCGUUGAAUGACGCUCUAAAGGCCUUCAUCAGGUUUGACAAUAAGUUCUUCAGCCAAGAGCUGGCGCAGAAUGAGCACGAACAGCACGAAGACUCCAGAAAGCGUGGACCCAUCUCGAUGUCGUCUCCGGACUCGAAAAGACGUAACAGGUCCAAUAGUCUCGACUCAAUGGCCACUAAUCACGCAUCAGCGGGGGACCUAGAUGAGGAAAUGCGUGACGAAGAAUUCGUCGAAUUUGCCAGCGGAUCGGUGUACGGCAGCAGCGCGGAGAAGGCUACCACCAGCUCUGACCAUGAUAUGAUGGACGGUCUCUCUCCUUCCUUACGUCAGGAAGAUGGCCGUGCUCCGCAUUCCAAUACUUUAGUCGACCUGCUCACACCACCCUAUGAAGAAAAGGUGGAGAGCAAGGAAAAGGAGUCAUCGAACAUUGAUACCUCGAUGGAUGCCGCUUCAGAAAGGAUGAGGCGGGUGUCCCUUGACGAGGACAAGAUGGAUGUCGAGUGGGGUCAAGCGGAAGUCGUCACCAACACCGUUAGCACCGUUAGCAGCCAGGGCAGCGGAUCUAGUGCCCAUACUGAGGACUCUGGUAUUACCUUGAAGCCAACUGGAGGUGCCGACGAUGGCACCACACCGGCGAAGAGCCCAGAGAUGCAAGAGCGCAGUAAUAAUCCCUUUCUCGCCAGGGCACCCAACACUUCCAUUGCCGCGACGACUUCGGACAGCACCCCACAGCCAUAUAGCCGCGCUACUAUGGACUUUUAGGUAGAGGAAUUAGCGCCUCAAUACGAGGGGUUUGAACCAAACAUUGCUUUCCCGCGUAUUCACACGCGAACUAGAAAGUUCUUUGGUAAUGAUCGUUCAAGAGCUCGGACUGGUGGCUAUGCGUCAUGGACAGACUGCUCGAGCAAGAGUUCUUCUCCACCAUUCGCAAGAAAUAGAGACUCCAACACUGCGUACAAGCAACAGGACUUAACACGCACCGAGUUACACAAGCCAUCUGACCCGGCAAUGCCCCAGACCCUGGACAAGGAUCACCCCAUAGACGAUGGGGAUCAGGUAGAGACCCCAAACGAAGCAGAGCGUAUCCCCGGUGGAAAGUGUGGCGAGACGUGCAAGGCUGCAUUCGAGCCCCGAAUGCCCAAAGUCUUGAAGCCGGACUGGACGUGAAGUCGAGUCUCAGACCGAGCUGUGACAAGAAGCAGCAUCGGAGGAGUUUGAGUGGAUGAUUGGUUCGCGAGCUUCCUCGGAUGGCGCCAUAACUUCGGAAACAUAGCGACUUUGCUUCACCACAUCUGUGACACUUUUUAGCAGAUGGGGAUGCGUAGCGGAACUCUAUUCGACUUGAAGAUGUUAUGUUUCUAUGUGACAUACAUCCAUCACAAAACUACUUGGUGAAAAGCUUUGCGUACUUGCAUGUUAAGCGAUGAAGAGCAAAAGAUUCGGAGGGGAAUUGUAGUAGGUAGGGUAGUGUUGUGAUCAAUGCAAUAGGACAUGAUACCCUACGUGGG